AUGGUUUCUGAAAACUCUCUCUCCUCUUCUAAGCGCUCUCCAACUCCUAAAUUCGCCAACUCAUUCACCACUAGAAUCUUUUCAGAUGUUGCUGGGGACAUUACAAUUGUUGUGGAUGGAGAGUCAUUUCUGCUGCAUAAGUUUCCCCUUGUAUCUCGAAGUGGAAAGAUUCGAAAAAUGGUUGCAGAUGCUAAGGACUUGAAUAUUUCCAAAUUGGAACUUCAAAACUUACCUGGUGGAUCUCACACAUUUGAACUUGCGAUGAAAUUCUGUUAUGGAAUGAACUUUGAGAUCACAACUGCAAAUGUUGCCCAUUUGCGCUGCGCUGCAGAAUACUUGGAAAUGACAGAAGAUUACAGGGAAGAAAACCUCAUUGAACGCACAGAGAUUUAUUUAAAUGACAUUGUGGUUCAAAGUCUUGAAAAGUCUGUAGAAGUACUGUCAACUUGUGAAAUGCUGCCUGCGAUAGUUGAGGAGGUAGGAAUUCCAAGUAGAUGUAUUGAGGCUAUUGCUAUAAAUGCUUGUAAGGAGCAGUUAGUAUCUGGUUUUGCUCAGCUAGAUUGUGAUGGUGAAUCUACGGAACUUAAGAAUGGUUGUAUUCAGUGGUGGAUUGAAGAUCUCUCUGUAUUAAAGAUUGAUUAUUAUCAAAGAGUCAUUUGUGCAAUGGGAAGAGUUGGUGUUCGACCGGACAGUAUUGUUGCUUCUUUGAUGCAUUAUGCUCAAACAUCAUUAAAAGGAAUUGGAAAAUAUCAAAUUUGGAAUCCGGCAAAAAUGAAACCAAGUCCCUGCUUAACAGAAAGUGAUCAAGGCAUAAUUGUGGAAACCCUUGUGAGUAUAAUGCCAACAGAAAAGAACACUUCCAUUCCACUUAGUUUUCUAUUUGGUAUGUUAAGGAUGGCAAUCAUGUUAGAUGCAUCCAUUGCUUGUAGACUUGAACUUGAAAGGAGAAUUGCUUUUCGUUUAGAAAUGGUUUCACUAGAUGAUCUUCUCAUACCGUCUGUUCGAAGUGGGGAUUCAUUGUUUGAUGUUGAUACUGUUCAUAGGAUACUAGUCAAUUUCCUUCAAAGGGUUGAAGAAGAAGAAAAUGAAGAUUGUGGUUAUGAAUCUGAAGGCCUUGGAUCCCCAGGGCAUAAUUCUUUGUUGAAAGUAGGAAGACUAAUUGAUGCAUAUCUAGCAGAAAUUGCGCCGGACCCAUAUCUAAGUUUGCAGAAAUUCACUGCUAUGGUUGAAAUACUGCCUGAUUAUGCACGAGUGAUUGAUGAUGGGCUUUAUAGAGCAAUUGAUAUAUAUUUGAAGGCUCAUCCAAUGUUAUCCGAGCACGAUUGUAAGAAGCUAUGCAAGUUCAUAGACUGCCAAAAGCUAUCUCAAGAAGCAUGCAACCAUGCUGCACAAAAUGAUCGACUACCAGUGCAAAUGACAGUAAGAGUACUCUAUUUUGAGCAAAUUCGUUUAAAGAACACCCUAUCUGGAAGUUCAGGAGAUGGAUUGCUAUCACAGAGAAUAAGCAGUGGUGUACCUAGUGCAGCCAUGUCUCCUCGAGAUAACUACGCUUCUCUACGAAGAGAAAAUCGAGAACUUAAGCUUGAAAUAUCAAGAAUGAGAGUGAGACUAAGUGAGCUAGAGAAAGAGCAAAUGUACAUGAAACAAGGAAUGAUAGAUAAGUCUGGAAAUGGAAAAACGUUCUUCACUUCACUAUCUAGAGGUAUUGGAAGGAUUGGAAUUUUCAGUAGUCCAGCUGGAGGGAGACGACAAAAAUCUAGUCGAAAAUCUCGAGGAACAGAAGGAAAACCUGGUAGAAGCCGAAGACAUUCUGUGUCCUAGCUUGGUUUUUCUUGUAUUUUUCAAUUUGCAGUUAGUUUUCCUAGGAAUCACAACUAUAUUUAGAUUAAGUUCAGUAAGCCGUAAAAGAAUGGAAUAUAAUAUUAUCGAUAUAUAUUAGUUCAUAACGUUAUCACUAGUUAUAGCCUGAAGUAUAUAUUAGUUGAUCAAAUGCUAGUAGUUGCUAUA